GAUUCCCCGAGAUUGAAGCAUUUUGUCGGAUCAUUGCUAGGUAACCCACACAAUACAGGUUACUUGCAGUAUUCUACUUUUAUUCCAGUUUCUUCUGAAGUCGAUUUCAACAUAUUAUCGUAUGCUUCCUGCGGGGUUGCGAUCUGGUUACUGUAACCGUUACGAACCUCUUUCUUGUGUCUACGCGGAUCAUCGUUCAUACGACGGUGGCGACGCAGUUAGCACACAUUUACCAAAACCCAGUCGACUUUGCGUUUGUUUUUAUUCCAGCGAUGAUUCCACUGAUUUACCACCUGACCGAGGGCCCCGCAGGGCUCUAAGAACCCAGUUCAAGGAACUACACAGAGAACGUGCAAACCAGGUGUCGCGGUACCUUAGCUGAGGUGU